UUUCACUUCUCUAGGGGUGACCUUCGUGCGGCCAGGGACGAAGUUGGAGAGUCGUGCGCCGGGUGCCCUGUGACGAGGCGCCGCCGCAGCCCUGCGAGAAAGGGGCGACCGAGCCGGGCCGGCGGGCGGGUCCGGCCCGCGGAGCCCACGAGGCCGGAACCGGGAGAGGAGAACCCGGGCCGGGCCGGCGCCCGCGGGGCGGUGGUGGGGUCUGGCCCCUGCCUGCGGGCGGGGCUCCCGUGCCCGGUGUGAAAGGCCUGGAUUCCCCAAGUGGCAUAAUGGCAGAAACUGCUUCUCCACUGAAGCACUUUGUGCUGGCGAAGAAGGCAAUUUCUGAAAUCUUUGACAAGUUACUGGAGUUUGUUACUGAAGGAUCACAUUUUGUUGAAGCAACAUACAGGAAUCCAGAGCUUAAUCAAAUAGCUACUGAGGAUGAUCUGGUAGAAAUACAUGGGUAUAAAAACAAGCUUUCCGUCAUUGGUGAGGUGCUGUCUCGGAGACACAUGAAAGUGGCCUUUUUUGGCAGGACAAGCAGUGGGAAGAGCUCUGUUAUCAAUGCAAUGUUAUGGGAUAAAGUUCUCCCUAGUGGGAUUGGCCAUACAACCAAUUGCUUACUGAGCGUUGAAGGAACUGAUGGAGAUAAAGCUUACCUUAUGACAGAAGGAUCAGAUGAAAAAAAGAGUGUGAAGACAGUUAAUCAGCUGGCCCACGCCCUUCAUAUGGACAAAGACUUGAAAGCUGGCUCUCUUGUGCAUGUUUUUUGGCCAAAGGCAAAAUGUGCCCUCUUGAGGGAUGACCUGGUUUUAGUGGACAGUCCAGGUACAGAUGUCACUACAGAGCUGGAUAGCUGGAUUGAUAAGUUUUGCUUAGAUGCUGAUGUCUUUGUUUUGGUUGCAAACUCUGAGUCAACACUAAUGAACACGGAAAAGCAGUUUUUUCACAAGGUAAAUGAGCGACUCUCUAAGCCUAAUAUUUUCAUUCUGAAUAAUCGUUGGGAUGCCUCUGCAUCAGAGCCAGAAUACAUGGAAGAUGUACGCAGACAGCACAUGGAAAGAUGCCUACAUUUCUUGGUGGAGGAGCUCAAAGUUGUGGGUCCUUUAGAAGCACGGAAUCGUAUUUUCUUUAUUUCUGCAAAGGAAGUUCUUAAUGCUAGAAUGCACAAAGCACAGGGGAUGCCAGAAGGUGGUGGGGCACUUGCGGAAGGAUUUCAGGCAAGAUUACAGGAGUUUCAGAAUUUUGAACAAAUCUUUGAGGAGUGUAUCUCGCAGUCAGCAGUGAAAACAAAGUUUGAACAGCACACUAUCAGAGCUAAACAGAUACUAGAUACUGUGAAAAACAUAAUGGAUUCAAUAAACGUGGCAGCAGCAGAGAAAAGGGUUUAUUCAAUGGAAGAGAGGGAAGACCAAAUUGACAGACUGGACUUUAUCCGAAACCAAAUGAACCUUUUAACACUGGAUGUUAAGAAAAAAAUCAAGGAGGUUACAGAGGAGGUGGCAAACAAGGUUUCAUGUGCAAUGACAGAUGAAAUUUGUCGACUCUCUGUUUUGGUUGACGAAUUUUGUUCUGAGUUUCAUCCUACUCCAAGUGUACUGAAAGUAUAUAAAACUGAGUUAAAUAAGCACAUAGAAGAUGGUAUGGGAAGAAAUUUGGCUGAUCGGUGCACCAAUGAAGUCAACACUUCAAUGCUUCAAUCCCAGCAGGAAAUUAUUGAAAAUUUGAAGCCAUUACUUCCAGCUGGUGUACAGAAUAAACUACACACACUGAUUCCUUGCAAGAAAUUUGAUCUCAGCUAUGACCUAAAUUGCCACAAGUUAUGUUCAGAUUUUCAAGAGGAUAUUGUAUUUCGUUUUUCCUUGGGCUGGUCUUCACUUGUCCAUCGUUUCUUGGGCCCUACGAAUGCUCAGAGGGUGCUUCUAGGAUUAUCAGAGCCUAUUUUUCAGCUCCCCAGAUCUUUAGCUUCUACUCCUACUGCUCCUACUAAUCCAGCAACGCCGGAUAAUACAUCACAGGAAGAGCUCAUGAUUACAUUAAUAACAGGAUUAGCUUCUCUUACAUCUAGAACGUCUAUGGGCAUCAUCGUUGUUGGAGGAGUGAUUUGGAAAACUGUUGGCUGGAAACUCAUAUCUGUUUCAUUAAGUAUGUAUGGAGCUUUGUAUCUUUAUGAAAGGCUGGCCUGGACCACCCGUGCCAAGGAGAGAGCCUUUAAACAGCAGUUUGUGAACUACGCAACUGAAAAGCUGCAGAUGAUUGUUAGCUUCACGAGUGCAAACUGUAGCCAUCAAGUACAACAGGAAAUGGCAACCACUUUUGCUCGUCUGUGCCAACAAGUUGAUAUUACACAAAAACAUCUAGAAGAAGAAAUUGCUAGAUUUUCCAAAGAGAUCGAUCAAUUGGAGGAAAUACAAAAUAAUUCAAAGCUUUUAAGAAAUAAAGCUGUUCAACUUAAAAAUGAGCUGGAGAAUUUUACUAAGCAGUUUCUACGUUCAAGCAAUGAAGACGAAUCUUAACCAUAGAGAUCGCUUUGGUGAUCAUCAUAGGAGACUGGAACUUGGAUGAUUUGGGACAGUUAUUUUUAUGAAAUGACUACAUAUGAAUUGUACUCACUGUACCUAAAUAGCAAAUUCUUGUGUAGAUUCUGGUAAUGAUCUAUCUCAGGGUGUUUGCAUUUCUAAAGAGUGUUAUGAUGUCUCUUGAGUUUUAAUUUUGGGUAAAGAAAAGGUGAAAUUGUUGGAUGUGUUAAAGUAAUGAAUUAGUUAAAAGCAACAGAACCAACUGUGUGACCCCUGAGGGGUGGGGCCUUGCUCUUAAUUAGGGCUUUCUUCGUUUCUGAUACUGAAAAACUGCUUCCUGGCAUCCAGGAGUUAGAGAAUACUCCUUUCAUCUUUCUCAAAACUAAUUUUUGAUGUCUAAUGGGAAUAGUCACUUUUUUUCUUUUAUAAACUGCAUUGAGUGCUCUAACCACCAAGAGAGAAUGUGGAAUGUUCUUGUGUUAUUUAUGCAAGUUACAGUCGCUUGCCAUUCUGGUAGGUAUAUAAACCACUAAUAAAUAUGCUGUUUUUAUUCCUUUUAUUCCCAUUAAAACUGAUGUAAAGCAGUAUAAAUUUAUUCUAAAUAGCCUCUACUAAAAGUAUCUGGGUCUAAAUAGCUUCCUGAUAUGUUUCUCAAGAAACAUUUCCAGCUUCUGCUGUGACCACAGUAAAGAAAGCUUCCUAUCUCAGUAUUAGGACUAAAGUUUGAAGUGAUAAAAAUAGCCAAAGAUAUGGGAGGUUUGAGUUUGGGGUGGUUACUGUUGUAUACAGACUGUUCUUCAGAAGGUAUUGGCUGAACUGCUGGAUUGCUCCCCCCACCCCUUCUCCCUGCACCCUGCCCCCUGGUGGGUUUACUUUUAAUUGUAUGAAUUUGCCAGGGCACUGUUAAAAAUUAUCACUGUAUUUUUUAGCUUAAUGAAAUGUUUAUGGAUUCAAGUAUUGUGUUUCUGUGUUUAAAACUAAUUGAAACUUAAUGUGGAAACAUUAAAAAAUGACAUUCUAGGGCUUUGCUAUGCAAAAUGUAGUCUUGAGGACCACCAAAUUGGCAUCACCUAGAUGCUUGUUAGAAAUGCACAAUCACGGAGGACACAGUGCAUUUGGCCAAGUGUAGUCAUGCUUCUUUUCCAUGGGAAGGAUAGCAUUUCAAGCUCUUCUAAUACUCAGUACUUCCUUUUCUGUGCCUUUAAGGCUCCUGGAUGCUAUUCUGUCUUUUCACAACAGGUGCAACAUUAUUUAGAACAUAAAAGCCUUUCAAAAAUAUUUUUUAUGCCAGUCAGAUAAUAGGAUGCAGUGUCAAAUAAAUAUUAAUUUACAGCUUUUGUUGUUGCUUUAUAACCAAAAGAUGGUACAAGCUACCACGUGGGAUCACGUUAACACCUGCAACAUGACACUGAUGCCUGAGACUGCUUACUGCUAAUUUAGGUUCCAAGUUCAAGGCCUUAAUCUUUAUACAAAGUAUUUGAACUUAACAGCAUAAUGGUUUGGUCUCACCUCAUUAGCAUACCUCAGUGGUUCUCCAAGUUUGAUCCCUGGAUCAACAGUAAACUUGUAAGAAAUGCACAUUCUUGGAUCCCACCGCAGACCUACUGAAUCAAACACUAGGUUUGGGGACCAGAAACCUAUAUUGUAACAAGUCCCCCAGGUCAUCCCAAUGCACGUCUGGAAUUGUAGUCCUGGUAUAGUAAGUUUGUAGUAAGUUUUCCAUCACUAGUUCGAAUGCAGUUCCACCUGGUCAAGUUUGAAAAUGUAUGAAUGUUGGAAAUGGAACACUAAAAUAAUGAAACUCAAUCUUUAUGCCUAGAGGUAAGUGUACCUACGGCCAAGCCCGUGAAUUCUACAGAAAUUAUGUAAUUUACAGCUGAUGUAGUUCAGAGUUAUUGUUCAACUAUGUGUGUUGCAGGAUUAUUUAUAAACUUUGUAUAACCUCAAACUUUUUACAAACUACUAUUUUAUAAGUAUGCAAGCUUAUAAGGUAAAAAUAAAACCUGUUUGCCUGAUAGUUGAUAAAUAUA